AAAAGUCUAUCUACUGUUAUGAUACGUUAUAAUGGUAAAUAUAUAGGCUGUAGUCAGGUAUACCAGAGAAAAGCAAAUCAAAGCAAAACCCAUUUAAGCUACAGGCUGCCUCCUGAGAGCUGCUAAAAGCAAGAGAGGGGAAAAAAAAACUUCUCUCACAAAAAGGAAUAUGUGAAAAAUGAGGGUUUUAUACUAAUAAUUAUUAUUUUGUGUAUAUAUAUUUGGGGAGUCCAGUUGCCUUUGCUCUAUCACCAUUUGCAGGCAGAAAGAGAGAGAGAGAGAUAGGGCAAGAGAGAAGCUAAGAAAGAAAGGGCUUGCUGUAGAGCCAGCCACCUAAUUUUCUGAAAAUUAAACCUCCUCUUCUUUCUUCCUGUUUCUUCUUGUUGAUCUCUUCAGCUUGUUAAGGAAAGAGGGAAGAUCAUCUCCAUGUCUAGCUGCAUAGAUAUGGUGCCUGAGCAACUCUGCUACAUCCCUUGCAACUUCUGCAAUAUUGUGCUCGCGGUGAGCGUUCCAUGCAGCAAUCUGCUGGACAUAGUCACCGUCCGAUGCGGGCACUGCACGAACCUCUGGUCGGUCAACAUGGCCGCGGCCUUCCAGUACUCUCUCUCUUCCUGGCACCACCACCACCAGGGAGGAAAUGGAUACCAGAACAACAACGUUGCUAGUAACUUGAACUAUCACCAUGCUGCUGCUGGCUCCUCUUCAUCUUCUGCCAAAUCGAGCCCGGCCACGACCAAGCUGCCUGCAGCCCGAUCGUUGGCCGCGGCUAACCUAGCUGAAGAACGGAUCAUCAACCGACCUCCCGAGAAGAGGCAGCGAGUGCCUUCUGCGUACAACCAGUUCAUCAAGGAGGAGAUCCAGAGGAUCAAGGCUAAUAACCCGGAUAUUAGUCACCGCGAGGCUUUCAGUACCGCCGCGAAAAAUGUAAGUUCGUUUAUGUGGGCACACUUCCCUCACAUCCACUUUGGGUUGAUGCUCGAGACUAACAAAAAGACGGCCUACUAAGCUCCGUCCAUCAUCAUCGUUAGACGACGUUCAUGGUUGAGAGGAAGAUGGUGUAAUGUGAAGGGGUUUGCCACAAUUUGGAGGCUAAUGAGUGCUAAUUGAGGAGCGGAGGGCUCGAUAUGGUUCCUGCAUGGAUGGUCUUGAUUUUUCCUAAGAUUAUGAAGUUGUAAUCCAUUUUUAAUUACCAAAAGCAUGUUUUAUUUUUUUGUUGUUGUUGGGUUUUUUGGCUUUCUUUGCUGGAAUAUGAUGAUGGAUUUUAAGGACAUAUACAUGGAGAAAACCUGUAUAUCUAUCUCGGCUGAGAUAGAUGUACACAUAUGCAAUGCUAUGUUCCUAUGAAAUACUUGAUGUUUUCGUUGUGGAUGCUCAUAAUAUUGAGAAUGCUCAUUGCAAUUCAAUAGGGGUCGUUUUGAUUAAUCAAUUGAAAAAAAAAAACGAGAC